GGAAGCGGAGAAGCUAGAGGCCAAACGAAACCAAGCCCGGAGUUUCUCGGCUCGAGGUUCUGGCCCCUGCGUGGGAGCGCCAAGCCUGCAUGGAUUCUUAAAGGUGUGAUCGACAGUGGGAAAGAUGCCAGGCCCAGCCACCACAUAUGAAAGAAUCGUUUACAGAAAUCCCUCCGAGCACCACUACAUGAAAGUGUGCCUAGAAUUUCAAGACCAUGGUAUUGGACUGAAUGCUGCACAGUUCAAACAGCUGCUUAUUUCAGCCCUGAAGGACCUGUUUGGAGAGGUGGGUGCUGCCUUACCUUUGGAUGUCCUGACCUAUGAGGAGAAGACUUUAUCAGCCAUAUUGAGAGUAUGUAGCAGUGGCCUCGUCAAACUCUGGAGCUCUUUGACCUUGUUAGGAUCUUACAAAGGCAAGAAAUGUGCUUUCAGAGUCAUUCAGGUUUCUCCAUUUCUCCUUGCAUUGUCUGGUAAUAGUAGGGAACUGGUAUUGGAUUGAAUGGUCUUCAGUUUCAGAAGCAUUCCUCUGCUUUUUGGUGCCAGUAUAAUGUUGGAAGACUGAAGUCGGCUAAGCUCCUG